AUUAGGGUAUGCAAACUAGGGUUUUCUGUUUCAGUUUUAACUGAGGUCCCCUUCUCUGUUUUGCCCCUCUUCUCUUUUCGAGCUUCUGCAUUCCUUCAAACGCCGCCAGGUAAGGUCUAACUCAAGAGAGAGUGACAAUGGUUGAGAAAACAAGGGGAAGAAAGGAAGAGGUGGUGACCAGAGAAUACACCAUAAACCUUCACAAGCGCCUCCAUGGCUGCACAUUCAAGAAGAAAGCUCCCAAGGCUAUAAAGGAGAUCAGGAAAUUUGCACAAAAAGCCAUGGGGACCAAGGACGUGAGAGUUGAUGUCAAGCUGAACAAGCACAUCUGGAGCAGAGGGAUCCGAAGUGUCCCAAGAAGGAUUAGGGUUCGCAUUGCUCGCAGGAGAAAUGAUGAUGAAGAUGCAAAGGAGGAGCUCUACUCUCUAGUAACCGUUGCUGAAAUCCCAGCUGAAGGAUUGAAGGGUUUGGGCACCAAGUUCAUUGAUGAUGAUGAGUAAUUUAUUGAUCUUUAGUUGUUUGAAAACUUGCAUUGUGUUCACCAAGAAGUUUACAUCAGAGUUUUGGCUGGUGUUACAAUUGUGACUUGUGAGACGAACCAUUUUCCUCAUAUAUUUGGUUUAUUGUUGUUUAGACUUUUUAAGUUCUAAGCUUGGUGCUUUUUAGUUUUGGCUGUAGUAGAGAUGGGUAUUCUAGAACCUUAUAAAAAGAUUCAAAUGAUGAAUGUUAGGGCUACCAGUGUUAGCUCUCCUAUGAUUUGUGAACGUAGGGUUGCCACUUGCCAUUCCAGAAAAUACACUAUUUAUGUUUCAA